UUUGCCUACUUUUUGUUAGGCAUCGGUUCUUUGUUAGCAGCCUGCUUUAACAUAUUAAACCGCACGCUCCAGACAUCCCAUCCCACACGCUUUUGCUUCUGUUGUGCUGUUGUAUCUCGGUUCGGAAACUCCAACGAACCAGCCGAGUCAGGCAUAAAUCGCCCCGCCAACCUCCCCCCCCCUCACUCACCGACGGCAGAGCGAGUCAGAGCGAAUCCCAAACUCUGACUCACUUCUCUGCGCCAGCAAGAGCAUUCAAUCCUUGUUCUACGCUACUCAUCGAAAAAUGAGUACAGUCGUGCAGGGUUUCACCAAGUCACUUGCCAUGACUGUGCUCUCGGAGAUCGGCGACAAGACCUUCUUCGCCGCCGCGAUCCUUGCGAUGCGCCAUCCUAGAAGACUUGUUUUGGCCGGUUGCCUAGGAGCUCUGAUUGUGAUGACUAUUCUUUCUGUUCUUGUCGGCUUGGCUGCUCCAAAUCUGCUCUCCCGGAAAUGGUCCCAUCACAUAACAACAGUGUUGUUCUUUGGUUUUGGACUAUGGUCCUUGUGGGACGCUUUUAAAGAAGAUGGGGGUGAUGAUGAGCUUGCAGAAGUUGAAGCAGAAUUGGAUGCUGAUCUAAAGGCUAACGCAGGAGGCAGCAAACGUACUAAGGAUGAUGAUGACAAGAAGCAGAGACGCUCAUUUCUCUUGCAGUUCUUCUCACCGAUCUUUUUGAAGGCCUUUUCCAUUACUUUUUUCGGUGAAUGGGGCGACAAGAGCCAGCUAGCGACCAUCGGUCUGGCUGCAGAUGAGAACCCAUUAGGCGUGGUUCUUGGUGGAAUCUUAGGACAGGCAUUAUGUACGACUGCCGCUGUCCUUGGUGGAAAGAGCUUGGCAUCUCAGAUAUCGGAGAAAAUAGUUGGUUUAUCGGGUGGAGUUCUUUUCAUUGUUUUCGGAAUCCAAUCCUUCCUUUCGACAGUGGAGGCAUGAUACCCAGAGUCUGAUUAAUGAUUAGUAAGGACUGAAAGAUGAUUUGUUGACUAAAAAACAUACAUCUACUCACUGCAAGGAGUAAUUUACAAGCAUUGAUUGUUAUCAUAGCGACGAGCAUAUCAGAAAAAGAACUGAGUCGAAGAAUUGCAUUGUUUUACAAGUCUGUACCAAUAUUGCACUCUGGCAUGUUUGGAAUUGCCGAUGAGAACACUUCUGCUAUACUCUGUUGUUGCAUGCCAUUCCAAUUAAAUCUAUGUUUCCGUUGGUCUCGAUAUA